ACCCAAAACGAAACUUCAUAAAACCGAACAAAUCUCCCCAACACAAAUCCUCAAAAUCCUCAAAAAACAAAGAAAAAAACACCAAAAACAAAUUUCAAUCCCAAAUCAGACCAAAACAACAUCAAAGAACAAAAACAAAACACAAACAUCACAAUGAUGAACCUUUUAGCUUUGAGUUUGUUCAUAACUUCACUCACAACAGCAAGCAUUUUCUCUCCAAAUCCAAAACAACAACAACCAAACACCAUUGUCAAAGAAGGACACAGAGUUGUUGUUGUUGAAUAUGAUCAAGAUGGUUAUCAAAACACCAAAAUCUCAAUCUCACCUCCCGAACAACAAUCCCAACAACAGAAUGAUUUCACAAACAUAGAUUCAGGAGGUUUCAUAGAAAACACCAAAGACAGAAUCAAACAAACAGCUUCUGUUCUUCCAAACAUGGGUCAAGGAAUUUCACAAGAUUCAUCAACAUCAUCAAAAUAUAAUCUUCAUACUCCUAAUGCUAAAGAUGCUAAAGAGCUUAUUUGUGAUGCAUAUGGAAAAUGCAAAGAAAAAAUCACAAACGCUAUGGAGAAAACAAAAGACAUAGCUUCAGAAACAAUAGACAAAAAGAAACAAAUCACAAAACAAGUUGGUAACAAUGUUUUUGAUGCGGUUGAAAAUGUUAAAGAAAAUGUUGAAGAAUACACAAAAGGGUCAUUAGAAAAAGGGAAAGAAACGGGUCAAACGCUUAAGGAACAUGUAGUGAAUAACAUGACAGAAGCAAAAGAAGGAGUGAAAAAGAUUGCAUUUUUAUCAUUAGAAAGUGUUGAAUCUAUGAUGAGUGUGGCUAAUUUGUUGGGAUUUGCAAGUGGGUAUGGAAUGUGUGUUUGGAUAACUUUUGUUUCUAGUUAUGUUUUGUCUAGGGUUAUGCCUAGACAACAAUUUGCUGUUGUGCAGAGUAAGAUUUAUCCUGUUUAUUUUAGAGCUAUGGGUUAUUGUUUGUUGGUUGCUUUGUUGGGACAUGUUUUUGGACAUGGAAUGAGACAUAAUAAGGGUGGUGGUAGUGUUUUGCAAGCUUGGAAUCUUUUGGGCUCUCUUUUGACUAUUUUUGUUAAUUCUGUUUACUUGGAGCCUAGAGCCACUAAGUUAAUGUUUGAAAGGAUGAAAAUGGAGAAAGAAGAAGGAAGAGGAAGAGAAGAUCUAACAACUAUUGAGCAUCAAAAUUCACCUGAUCCCAAAAAAUCAUCAACAACAGCAACUAUUACCAAUGUUGCUACUACAGAAAGAACAGAAUCUCUCACAGAAAGGAAAGAACAUGAUGAUGCUGUUAGAACAAAGAUAAUGAAGCUUAAUAACAAGCUGAAGAAAUUGAAUUCAUAUUCUUCCUUUCUAAACAUCCUCAAUCUCAUGUCUCUUACUUGGCAUUUGGUUUAUUUGGCACAAAAUGUUCACUAUAGUUGCUAAUUUAACCAAAUGAAUAGUGUUAAAUUAGUACUUGUUUAAGUGUUGUGUUUGUAAUGAUAUAUGUUGAUAUAUGGAAUGAAUGUAGUCUUUAGAUUUG